UUAGAGCGAUGUCCAAUCUCCAAAUGUUUCAUCUUCAUCAAACCCUCCUUACUCGUUUCCCCACAAUUCUUCAACUUCCAUUACUUCAUCUUCUCUUUCUCUCUAAACAUUACUCUCUGUUGUAUAUAGAAAUUUUGCUGCAAGCACAUAAGCUUGAUUGAUACGAAAGAAUUGAAGGCAGAAAAACAUGGAGAAUCCUCUGCAGCUGAAGUGCCUGAAUCACGUUUCACUUGUGUGCAGAUCAAUCGAGAAAUCUCUUGAUUUCUAUCAGAAUGUCCUUGGCUUCUUUCCCAUCAAGAGACCUGGUUCCUUUGAUUUCUCUGGUGCAUGGCUGUUCAAUUAUGGCAUUGGCAUCCAUCUUCUCCAAUCUGAAAACCCCGAUAACAUGCCUAAGAUUGGCCGUAUUAAUCCCAAGGACAAUCAUAUUUCUUUCCAGUGUGAGUGCAUGGCAACAGUGGAGAAGAAAUUGAAGGAGAUGAAGAUAGAGUACGUGAAAGGCGGCGUAGAGGACGGUGGAAUUCGCGUUGAUCAACUCUUCUUCCAUGACCCUGAUGGCACCAUGAUUGAAGUAUGCAACUGUGACAACCUCCCUGUGGUUCCAUUGCCUCAAGACGCUAUGCAGUUCUGCUCACUGAUCAACUGCAACAUUCAGAGGCAGCAACAGCAACAACAGCAGAACAUUGAACAUGUAGUGAAGAUCUAGUGACUUUCUUCGGAAUCUUGGAGAUUAGAAUCUAUAUUAUGUAUAGGUAGCGAAACAGAUAAUUAAGACUGAUGAUUAAUUAACCAACUUGUGAACAUUUUUCCUUAUAUAUUUCCAAGUCUUGUUGAACCUGUUGGCCGUUCUGCUAAUUUCCAAGAUAUUUCUGGUCAAUAACAGAAAAAAAAAAGAAGAAAAUUAUGUUAA